GGGGGCAGAGUUAGAUUUAAGAAUUGAUAGGUGGUCGAGUUUUGUUUGGCCCAGUGGAUAUGCGCAAGAAAGUUAAGAGCUUUAUGUUACCCCGCUUAAAGGAUUAUUUCCAGCGAUGGCCAUAGAGAGACAGAGGAGGAGCAGUGGCUGCACGGUUACACAGCUGGUGUUUCUGAUUAGAACAGCAAUAAACUCGAGCUGAAUCGCUACUGCCACCGAACACUAACAUCUCCAAAUAUCGCGUUUGGUAAACUUAUUUUACAAGAUCUGAAGAAGCGAUGCAGAGUAAUUGACUGAAAAGGAGUGGGUGUACUCUCAUGAGACAGUACAGGUCAGUGCAAAAAGAGUUGUCUUGGUCCUCAGCGUUCCUUUGUGUCCUACAGUAUCUCUAAAGGAGACGCUAACAUGACCACCGAGAGCUCACAGCACCACCUGGAGUCGUCUCAUCCUCUGAGAUCUAGUCCAUCCGCUGGAUUGAUGCACGCCACUCCGAUGACUUCACAGCCGGUGACCGAGACCUUACCAAACGCGUCAACCCAAGGGAAAAAGAGCAACUCUGGCUUGAGGCGCCCUGAGAAGCCUCCCUAUUCGUACAUCGCCCUUAUUGUGAUGGCUAUCCAAAGCUCACCGACCAAGAGGCUUACUUUAGCGGAAAUCUAUCAGUUUCUACAGGCCCGUUUUCCCUUCUUCAGGGGGUCUUAUCAGGGAUGGAAAAACUCUGUGAGGCAUAACCUGUCUUUGAAUGAAUGCUUCAUCAAACUGCCCAAGGGCCUUGGCAGACCUGGCAAGGGCCACUACUGGACCAUAGACCCAGGCAGUGAGUUUAUGUUCGAAGAGGGAUCCUUCCGUCGCAGACCUCGCGGAUUUCGUAGGAAAUGCCAAGCCCUGAAACCCAUGUAUCGAAUGAUGAAUGGCAUCGGCUUUGGGGCGUCGAUACUGCCCCAAAACUUCGAUUUCCAGAACCCACCCCAGUCCUUGGCAUGUCAUAACGGUUACAACUUGGACGUGAUGGGGAACACCGGACCAGGAAACUACGAAGGGCUGGGUGGAGGGCAUCAUGUCCCUCACAUGUCGCCAAGCACCGGGUCAACCUACAUGGCGGCCUGUCAAGUGUCAUCUAAUGGAGAUUACUGCCCAGAUAAUAGUAGUAGCCCUCUACAUUCCUCCCCAGCGGCGAUGGCAGCAGGCACCUUGGACUGCCAUUCACCCUACACCAGUGCUCCCUCACACUGGGCAUCGCCUGGUGUGUCUCCAUACAUUAAGCAGCAAUCCCUGGCCUCAAAUAAUCCCACAUCAUCCGCCUUGCACUCAACCAUGUCCCCUUACUCCCUGGAGCAAAGCUAUCUCCAUCACAACGGAAGAGACUCAUCUGACAUUUCAGUGGGAUUAUCUCGAUAUCCAAGCCAUUCAUCGCCGGUGUGUGACCGAAAGGAUUUUGUUUUGAACUUUAACGGGAUCUCUUCAUUUCACCCUGCGACUGCCAGUGGAACUUACUAUCAUCAGCUCCAUUACCAUCACCAGAGCGUCUGCCAGGACGUCAAGCCGUGCGUUAUGUGAAAUAAACACAUUAAGCCCACUGCCAUUUUGAAUGAAGAUCACAUCGACUAUUUACAAGCCAUACGUUUCCACACCAUUUCCACCAGAGCCAAUUAUUGUAAAUACGUUAAAUAGUAAAUGAGGGGAGAUAGAUAGAAAAUGUCAGUCACUCCAUUUUUUGUGUUAACUUCCAUGUCAGACACCUUUCCGAAGAAAUACAAAAUGUGUGGAUUCAGUCAAGUGAAUCAAAUAGGCCUUACAUGUCGUUAUAAUUGUAAAGGACGGCUCUGAGUUUAGUCUGUCAUUAUGCCACGAUGUAUUACGGAGUUUCUGUGUCAUUGCAAUAUUGUAGGCUAGUGUUUGAGUAGGCUCUAAGUUAUCAACACGGAUACAAAGUAAUAUCCAACCAUGUUAAUUGUGUUUACGGAAAUGCACACUCACUCGGAGUUAUCGUAACUCAUUUGCACUUAAAUUUAGACCCCUAGAGUAUUCUAAAUAUUUUGCUGUACAGCAUAAAGGCAAUAAAGAGAUUUAUUUUA